UUCAAUAUAUCCUCGCGCUAUUUCUAGAACCCUCCACCAUCCCCUUCUUAAAACCCUCGGAAGGGUUUUGCAAAAUUCUCACUCUCCCCCCAUCACAUAAGAUAACGAAGCCCCCAAAAUAUAGUUCUUCUAUAGCUUCAUUCUCUAACUCUUUAUAGGGCUCAAUGGCUCCAGUUCUAAGCAGAGGCCUAGCCACUGCUUCUCUUGCUUCACUUCCCUCCUCAUCUCCCUUUUUAGUGAGAAACAGCAACAGGGUUUUGAAUCUGAGAAGUGCUUUUGUGCCACAAAAUGGUCACAGAAAGGGCCUCUGUUAUGCUGGAUUGAAGUGGAAGCUUGAGAGAAGGAACAGUCAAAUCGAUGUUCGGUGCGAGGCCGCCGUGGCCGAGAAAGAGGCUUCUGAGACUUCUGGUGAGAAGUUUGAGUACCAAGCUGAGGUCACUCGCCUAUUGGAUUUGAUAGUUCAUAGUUUGUACAGCCACAAGGAGGUGUUCCUUCGAGAGCUCGUGAGUAAUGCAAGUGAUGCUUUAGACAAGUUGAGAUUCCUAAGUGUGACCGAACCCUCUCUGCUUGGAGAUGCUGGUGAGCUAGAGAUACGUAUCAAACCUGAUCAAGACAAUGGGACUAUCAGCAUAACAGACACUGGUAUUGGGAUGACCAAAGAAGAGCUCAUUGACUGUCUUGGAACUAUUGCUCAAAGUGGUACUUCAAAAUUCUUAAAGGCUCUUAAGGAAAAUCAGGAACUUGGGGCAGACAAUAGUCUGAUCGGUCAAUUUGGUGUGGGGUUCUAUUCUGCCUUUCUUGUUGCUGAGAAGGUUGUUGUGUCUACAAAGAGCCCAAGAUCAGAUAAGCAGUAUGUUUGGGAAGCUGUAGCUGACAGUAGCUCAUAUGUGAUCAAGGAAGAAACUGAUCCUGAAAAGCUCCUACGUCGUGGAACACAGAUCACACUCUAUUUAAGACCGGAUGACAAGUAUGAAUUCUCAGACCCAGCUCGGAUUCAGGGUUUGGUGAAGAAUUAUUCUCAGUUUGUUUCCUUCCCCAUCUAUACAUGGCAAGAAAAAUCAAGGACUGUUGAGGUGGAAGAGGAGGAAGAACCAAAAGAAGGAGAAGAAUCAAAGCCAGAGGGCGAGAAGAAAAAGAAGACUAAAACUGAAAAGUAUUGGGACUGGGAAUUAGCCAAUGAGACAAAGCCAAUUUGGAUGCGGAAUCCAAAGGAAAUCCAGAAGGAUGAAUACCAUGAAUUCUACAAGAAGACUUUUAAUGAAUUCUUGGAUCCACUUGCACACACUCACUUCACCACUGAGGGUGAGGUUGAGUUUAGAAGUGUCCUCUAUAUUCCUGGGAUGGGCCCGCUUAACAAUGACGAUGUGGUUAAUCCAAAAACAAAAAAUAUACGUUUGUAUGUGAAGCGCGUAUUUAUCUCAGAUGAUUUUGAUGGUGAGCUGUUCCCGCGCUACUUGAGCUUUGUGAAGGGUGUUGUGGAUUCUGAUGACCUUCCUCUCAAUGUUUCUCGAGAGAUACUUCAAGAAAGCCGAAUUGUAAGAAUAAUGAGAAAGAGACUUGUCCGGAAAACAUUUGACAUGAUUCAAGAGACCGCUGAAAGUGAAAAUAAAGAGGACUACAAGAAAUUUUGGGAGAACUUCGGCAGGUUCAUAAAGUUAGGAUGUAUUGAGGACACUGGGAAUCACAAGCGUAUUGCACCAUUAUUGCGGUUCUUCACUUCCAAAAGUGAGGAGGAGCCAAAAAGCUUAGAUGAUUAUGUUGAAAACAUGGGUGAAAACCAAAAGGCCAUUUAUUACUUGGCAACGGACAGCUUGAAAAGUGCGAAGACUGCUCCUUUCUUGGAGAAGUUGGUUCAAAAAGGCAUUGAGGUCCUGUACUUGGUUGAACCUAUAGAUGAAGUCGCCAUCCAGAACCUGCAGACUUACAAAGAAAAGAAAUUUGUUGACAUUAGCAAGGAAGACUUAGAGCUUGGUGAUGAGGAUGAGGUGAAAGAAAGGGAAACACAGCAAGAAUACAAUCUUUUAUGUGAUUGGAUAAAGCAACAGCUUGGUGAUAAGGUAGCAAAAGUUCAAGUCUCAAAGCGUCUAAGCUCAUCUCCCUGUGUGCUUGUUUCGGGCAAGUUUGGAUGGUCUGCUAAUAUGGAAAGAUUGAUGAAGGCUCAAGCUCUUGGAGAUACUUCUAGUUUGGAGUUCAUGAGGGGAAGGAGAAUAUUGGAAGUUAAUCCAGAUCAUCCCAUAAUCAAAGAUCUCAAUGCUGCAUGCAAGAACGCACCUGAAAGCACCGAUGCCAAGAGAGCUGUUGACCUCUUGUUUGAUACAGCAUUAAUCUCCAGUGGAUUCUCACCCGACAGCCCAGCUGAGUUGGGAAAUAAAAUCUAUGAGAUGAUGGCAAUGGCCCUUGGAGGAAGAUGGGGCAGAUCAGAGGAAGAGGCUGACGCAUCAGAUGCUGCUGCAGAAUCUGGUGCAACAGUCGGCGAAGCCUCAGAAGCAGAAGUGAUUGAACCAUCUGAAGUAAGGACAGAGAAUGACCCUUGGAGUGAUUAAGUGUCUUUUGGAGGACAAUUUUUGGCAUUAUUUCAUUAGAAUUAGAAGAGAAGAUAAAAGGGGGGUUAAGAGUGAGGGGAUGCUGAUUAGCCCGUGGGAAAAGAAAUAGUUUUGCUGCUAUUGAUAAUUUCCUGUAGGUUUUACAAAUGAAUUCCUGUCAAUUUGGUUCUGGUACGAGUUAAAGAAGGUCCACUCUUUAAACUGACUA